AUGGUGGUCUUCUUUGGCCCGCUAAUUCUGCUACUGGCGUUCCUGGCGCUCUCCUCUUGCCUAGGAGACAGAUUUCGAGCUCGCCUGCGUGGAGUAUCAAGCAUUGGCGCAGAUGCAUACGGCCGAGACUACCUGCGGACAAUGACUAACACCGGCCCUGCCAUGUCAGAACAGAUCGAGUUGGAUGAUAUGUACCGGGAAGAACAGUACGAUGAGGAGGAUGAGCAUGAACGUUGA